CUUGCUGAAGGAACCAUUCAUAAACUACACAAGUCCAGCUCACAGCUGAGUGUGGAGGAAAAGUGAGCGCGGGGGCACGAAGAGAGAGAGAGAGAGAGAUAGAGAGAGAGAGAGAGAGAGAAUAACAGCAAGAGGAGAUGAGUGGUCACAGACGAUGUUUUAGCCUUUAGCGUGUGCAGCCCAGGACACGGAUGGUGAACCACAACCUGAAUAUGAAUCUACCUAGCGGUGCUGGAAGUACUCCUGAGUUGGACUGAUAUUUAGCAGCCUAAUACGUUGCAUCCCUAUCCGUUUCCUCCUCCUCCUCCUCCUCCUCACACUGACGUCCAUCCGCUGCUAAAAGCAACUACAAAAAAAGAAAAAGAAACUUUUGAUUACACACUUUUUCCUGCACGGGGGUAGCAUUUGCCUCUGGCUUUACCGGUAAGCGUUGGAUCCGUCAGUUUACUGCGACUCGCCGGUGUACAGCCCGGACCUCUGCCCAAACAUGAUUGCGACGCAGGCAAAGCUGGUUUACCAGCUUAACAAAUAUCACAACGAGAGAUGCCAAGCUCGCAAAGCCGCCAUUGCGAAGACUAUAAGGGAGGUUUGCAAAGUGGUGUCGGAUGUCCUGAAGGAGGUGGAAGUGCAGGAGCCCCGGUUCAUCAGCUCCCUCAGUGAGAUAGAUGCGCGCUAUGAGGGCAUGGAGGUCAUCUCCCCCAACGAGUUUGAGGUGGUGCUUUACCUCAACCAGAUGGGGGUGUUCAACUUUGUGGAUGACGGCUCCUUGCCCGGCUGCGCGGUGCUGAAGCUGAGCGACGGCCGGAAAAGGAGCAUGUCGCUGUGGGUCGAGUUCAUCACCGCCUCGGGCUACCUAUCCGCCAGAAAGAUCCGGUCCAGGUUUCAGACUCUGGUGGCGCAAGCCGUGGAUAAAUGCAGCUACCGCGACGUGGUGAAGAUGGUGGCGGACACCAGCGAGGUCCGGCUACGGAUCAGGGAGAGGUACGUGGUGCAGAUCACCCCCGCGUUCAAGUGCACUGGGAUCUGGCCUAGGAGUGCGGCUCAGUGGCCCAUGCCCCACAUCCCCUGGCCCGGUCCCAACCGGGUAGCAGAAGUCAAAGCAGAGGGUUUUAACCUCCUCUCCAAGGAGUGUUACUCGUUAACGGGGAAGCAGAGCUCGGCGGAGAGCGACGCCUGGGUUCUGCAGUUCAGCGAGGCCGAGAACAGGCUGCUGAUGGCCGGCUGCAGGAAGAAGUGUCUCUCCGUCCUGAAGACUCUGAGGGACCGUCACCUGGAGCUGCCGGGACAGCCGCUCCACAACUACCACAUGAAGACCCUGCUGCUGUACGAGUGCGAGAAGCACCCGAGAGAGACCGACUGGGACGAGUCUUGCCUCGGAGACCGACUGAAUGGCAUCCUGCUGCAGCUCAUAUCCUGCCUGCAGUGCCGCAGAUGCCCCCACUACUUCUUGCCAAACUUGGACUUGUUUCAGGGAAAGCCUCACUCGGCCCUGGAGGCUGCUGCUAAGCAGACAUGGAGACUAGCGAGGGAAAUCCUCACCAAUGCUAAAAGUUUGGACAAACUAUAAAGUGACAGAGCAGAGAGACAUUUUGGGAUAAAAAAAAAGAAACCUCAGAGAAGGACAAACAUGAUUCUGCGACUGAUUCUCCAAGCAAUG